AUCCAACCGUUGAGAUAAUGUCCCCGACACGAGAUGGCGCUGCUCAGUUUCCAUGGAAGCGGUCGGCAUAGGAUCUGUCACCGACUGUGUGAAUCAAGUCUGGAAUGUUAAAUUACUAUUAGUAUAGCUCACCUCAAAACUCAUGAUGAGCUCCUCUGCAGAUGAUACCCACUCAAGGAAUGGCAAGAAAAAGAAGAAGAAAGGGAAGGUGGGGAAGGUCUACCCCAUGCACCCGGUUGUCAACGGCAAGGGAAGCGAUCAGGAGAAGCUCAUCAAUCAGAGAUCGGGGAAGGACAAGGACCUGCUGGAAACCACCACCAAGAGGAAUUCCGCAGCCAACGUCAUUUCCAAUUUUCAGAUGGUGAAGAAAGGGGUGGAGAAAUUCAAAGGCUUGAAGUGCGGCAGGAGGAGUACGGCUGGUAUCUCUUCAAGUCUCAGAGACAAUGCGAAAAAAUUUACUUUAGUCCGUGGGAUCGAUGCCAGUAUUUCGCCAGACCCACUGAGUGCUAACGUUGCCAACGGGGAGCUGAUUGGCUAUUUUGGACACCUAGCGACAUCAAGUGAUGCUAAUUUGAUGAUAGAUUUGGAGUAUUUAGAAUUGAUACUAAAUAGGGGGGCUGAUAUUAACUGUACCGACAAGUAUGGUCAGACAGCACUUCAUGAGAUUUCCAGAACCUGGGAUCCUGACAUUGCUGUGUUCAUGAUUGAGAAGGGAAGCAAUGUCAACCAGGCAGAUCUGUAUGGCCGGACCCCUCUCCAUGUGGCCGCUGCUGUUGACUUUCCUGAAAUGAUUAAAGUUCUUCUUAACAAUGGAGCGUACUUGGAGAGCCUGACAGAGAAGGAACAGCAAACGCCUCUCCACUAUGCUGCGCGGAACGAUGCCUGUGAGAGCAUGAGAAUUCUUCUAAAGAAAGGCGCAGACAUUCACGUCCGAGAUUAUAAAGGGCGUACACCGCUCUUGCUUGCUGCAGAGUUAGAUCGUAGUGAGACCUCGCACCUCUUAUUAGAGAUGGGAGCCAGGGCAUACGAUGUUGAUCGUACAGGUCACACUGCACUCCAAGUGAUGGUCACCAAAAUGCCAGCUGUGGCUAAGGAAGGUCUGAAUCAGUUGUAUCGAUGUGAUCGAGCCAACCGUAAGCAGUACUAUGAUCUCCAUCUCUUAGAACCUCUACCACUUGAUUCGGGAAUAGAGGUCCCAGCACGCACCGUGCUUCAGAGCAUAGUCCUGUAUAAUCAGCUGGAGCUUAUCAUGCACCCGGUCUGUCGUCAGCUCAUAGAGGUCAAAUGGCAGAAGUUUGGAAGGACUGGGGCAUUCAAGCAGCUUGCCUUCAAUCUUCUAUUCAUCCUUAUGUGGACGGUGUUAGCCUGCAGUCUCAAGAAUCCAUUUGAAUACACAUUUCCACAAGACAUUUGGAGACUCGUUCUCGAGAUAUGCGGUGGAUUAUUGACCAUAUACCAGAUCGUCUUGGAACUCAAUGAGUAUUCAGACUCAAAAAAGAAAUUCAUUGCAUGGAGGAAUUGGCGUAUUACAGAGAUAGAGAAAGAUUUCAAGUUCUGCCACCCCCAGUGGCCUCAAGAAAGGCAGUACUUGGACCAAGAGGUCAGUGACAUCAAGGAACAGGCCCCAAGCUACUUCUCUGAUAAAUGGAACUUAUUUGAUUGGUUGAUCUACAUCUCACUGCUCAUCGUGACCUUGCUCCAUGUUGUUGAUAUCUUUGUGAGUGCGAGCGGUCUGAGUACAGCUACCCAGAACAUAUUUGCCAUCGUCAUCAUCUUCGUCUGGUUGAGGUUGAUGAAGAGUGUCAGAGCCUUUGUCAGAUUUGGACCGUUCAUUGUUAUGCUUGGCCUUAUUGCAAGUGACUUUGGGACAUUCCUGUACCUGUAUGGAAACUUCUACGUACCUUAUGCAUGUGCCUUCUGGAUGACAUAUGGAGGUAACAAUGGCACCAUCCCAAGCAUGAUGACAGUUGAUCAGCUCAUGUACAGUCUCUUUAGGAUCACACUCGUCGAUGAAUAUGAUUAUGAGGGCAUGCGGCAGGAGAAUGUUUGGAUGACAUACAUACUUCUGGUGUCGUUCCUCAUGAUAUCAGCUAUCCUCUGUAUCAAUGUACUCAUUGCCAUGCUCUCCAACACAUUCCAGAGGGUGUAUGACAAUGCCACAGCCAUUGCCAUCAUGCAGCAAACCAAGAUCAUCUUGAGUAUUGAAGAUAGUCUUGGGAAGAAGAAAAAGAGGAAGUACUUUGACUACAUCCGGGCAUUCUGCAGUCCGCAGAGCCUCUACUACGACGACGACAUGACCUCGGAAGGAGGGGAUGAUCUCAAGAAGAUGACCUUUCAAAUUAAGGAUUCUCUACAAGAGCUCGAUGAGUACAUCAGAGAAGAACAGCACCACGCCCACAACGGCAACAUAUCCAGCCUCCGAUCGGAGAUGGAGGAAAUGAAACAGUCACAUGAGAAGGAACUCAAGAAGGUCAACAGUGAUUUGAAGGUGGUCCAGGAACUCUUAAAAGCAGUCCUGGACCAGCGGUCAGAUCGAGGAGGCGGCGGGGGAGGUGGAGAUGGAGGCAUUCGUACACUGCCUACACUUUCUACCCAAGAGCCACCGUGGAAUGAUCCCUCUGGUAACCAACGCAAUGAGCCUCAGCCGAUAAUGGCCACUGGGAGUCCCCGCUUUGUUGGUAGGAGAGACACGGGAACUCCGAAGCCUCCACUCCUGGCUGAAGAUAUUAUGGAUGGUGGCCCAUUAGGAGCACCACCCAAGACACCAGACUUGAGUGUUGAUGAUAUUGAAAGCAUAAGAACCUUUAAAAAGGAAAGCAAAAAACAGCGUAAGCUGAGACAACAACGGGAAGAAUACCUCCAGCUGCAGCUGAACUCCUUUGAUCAGCCGGGAGGGGCGAGGAUACCAGGUCAAGGGUCGGUGAAUAGGAAAGGGAAAUCGGGAGUCCUCCCAGCAAUAAGACAGGAUGGUGAUGAAGGAGAUGAGGAAGCGCCCCCUGAGAGUCUGGUUGAGUUGGUUAGGAUGCAACCUUCAGUGUUGUUUGAUUCUGAGACACAAGGUGAUACACCCAAAUGCUGAUGAAGUACAUCUCUCCUUGUGAUGUUCGCAUCACAAAGACACAUCACUCUUAACCCUGCCUACCUCUUCUAGCCCAACCUAACAAUGUAUCAAGGCCAUGCACAAUCGUGAUAGUCACAAGAGGUUGAACUCAUUGAUCUGAAGUCCAGUUUAAUAGGCCAUGGUCUAUCUCUAUGCAAAAAUUAUGGAAUGCUGAAAAUUUUAAUAUUUUGUUUACGUUAUGUUUCUUAUCUUUAUUUUUUCCCCAGUGUUUUAGUGGGAAUAAAUAUAGUUAAGCUAUUAUUCCCAUAAUUGAGCAUCAAUUGUGCUGACAGUUAGAACCUGCACUGUUUACUAUAGAUUUGUGUCACAAUUGGCUAUUUGUAUUUAAACUACAACUUUAAACCAGAGUUUGAAUUAAAACCCGAGAUCUGGGCCCCGUCUUACAAAGAGUUACGAUUGAUCCAAUCAAUCGUAACUCUAUGGAAAUCCAUCAGUGUCAUAUUUUUUUGUACAGGAAAUUUGCAAAGUGUCCUUUGUAAACAAAGGAGAACACACCAAAUUGUCAAAAAAUCAAUGCAUUUAUAAAUAUACAUUCAUAUCUAGAUUUAUUUUUGAAGAAACGUGCAUUUUAUAUGUUGACUUUGCAGGCUUUCCAUAGUUGCAAUUGAUCCGAUCGAUCGCAAUUCUUUGUAAGACGGCCCGCAGAAUACGUGCCUAGGUAAUCGAUAGUAAUAUGAAGGUGGUCCACAAAUUCUUUGAAAAGCAGUUCCUAUAUUUCUGCCUCUUUGAGCUUGAGACACCAGGUGAUACAGCCUUAGCUGAUGAAGUACAUGUACCUACAUGUAAGUAUGUUAUCAUGGCUUGAAAACACAUCACCCUCAAUCAUUCCUACCUCUUCCAGCCCAAUCUAAGAAUACAUUCACUGUCACUUUAAAACAUUCCCUUUUUUUUUUCAUGGACUACUUUCCACAACCUACUGCACAAAUCUGUAUUAUUGGAUAAGCCUUAUUAUAUUUUGGAUCAAAAAUUUAUCCUCCGGUCAUUGGCUAAAAGAGCUUCACGUGAUUAUGUGUAUUUUCAACUAUUUUGGAAUGUUGGCAGCUAGGCAUACUAUUUGAGAAAAUUACGUCAUUUUUAUGACGUCAUUUCCCCAAAUAGUAAAACUAUUUGGGGAAAUGACGUCACGGCGCCAUACGCCUGAUGCGCGUGAUAUCAAAAUCACCAACAUUCAGCGGGGUAUACGAGAGCUCGAGUGCUUACCAUGGGCGAUACUCGCGACGUCGCGGCUACGUUUUUAGACUACAGUUUCUGCUUUGACUUUUUCAGACAUUUUCAUUGACUAUUAAAACUUGGAUUUCAUUAAAAUUGGGUAUGAUUUUUAAAAAGAGCAUAAGACCAUGAUAGUGACAAGAGAGGAUAAAAGGUAAGCCAUUAUUCUGUUUUUUCCUUUUGUUAAAAUUUUUGAUCCAAAAUAUAAAACAAAUAUACUCUGCCAUAAUUUCGAGUUUCUGGUUAAAACUAUGGGCCUCGGUGCCUCCAAUAGUACCAUUCACUUCGGGGCUGCGCCCCUCAGUGAAUAGUACUAUUCUGGAGUCACCUCUUGCCCAUAGUUUUAACCAGAAACUCUCAAGGCAAAGUAUAUUUGUAUAAUAUUGCAGUGAAUGAGGAUUUCCAGGGCUCUUUUUAAAUUUAGUUUGGAAUAUAAAGCAUAUAAUCACCUCUUGAUUUCAUGUGAUAGGGCAAACUAUAACUUCUGGAGGGAUCUGGUUGCUCUCGCCAUCUUUCCUCAGCUUCGCUUCUGAAAGACAGCUACAUUCGGCUUGCUUCAAAAGCGAUAUAUUGCCUGUCACCUUCGCCAAAAGUGAUUAUUUGUUUAUUAUUGUUUUUGCUACAGAUCACAGUGUAUGUCAAAUUUUUAAUGUAAUAGCAUUGACAUGCUGCUUAGCAAUGCUACUUGUCAAUUAGUUUAUUAUUAUUUGUUAUACUUUCUUCUUAAUUCUUACAAACCAAAUACUUUUUACAGUGCUAUGAAUGUUUUUCUUUGAAGAAUUAUUUAAUACACCCAAAGACAAUGCCAGUGCACAUUUUUAUGGAACAUCAUUUAAUGAUUUUGUGUAGAUUUGAUUUGUAAAUGUCAAGAUACCAAUAUUUAAAAAUUCUGCUAUAAAUUGACAUCUCAGGUGAAAUAUUUUUAUAGAGAAAGCAUAUUGUAUUUUAUGUGGCUUCACCAAUUUGAAUGGGAUCGUCAUAUUUUUUUUUUUUUUAGAUUAUGAUUUGGUAAUUUCAAUUCAAAGGGUGCAUAGAUAUAGGCAAUUCUUUCUUUUUUAUUAGAAGCUUUUAAUAUAUCUACACAGGUUAGAAUUGUUAAUGAUAAAAAAAAAAUCCCAACUUGAAAUAAAACAUUCCUGUCCUCUUAAUUAAUGGAAAGUAGGUUUUGAUUUUUUUCAUAUAGUUCAGUUUACUUUAAUCAAUUCAAAUUGACAUGACCAUAAACCUGGUAUUUAUGGAAAUCAGUUGUGAUUACCUUAAAUCAGUCAUAACUUUGAGUGUGUGUGAUGCAUAUUAUAUAUGAUGACUUUUGUCUCACCUGCAUAGCAGAGUGAGACUAUAGGCGCCGCUUUUCCGACGGCGACGGCGGCGGCGGCGGCGUCAACACCAAAUCUUAACCUGAGGUUAAGUUUUUGAAAUGACAGCAUAACUUAGAAAGUAUAUGGACCUAGUUCAUGAAACUUGGCCAUAUGGUUAAUCAAGUAUUACUGAACAUCCUGCCUGAGUUUCAUGUCACAUGACCAAGGUCAAAGGUCAUUUAGGGUCAAUGAACUUAGACCAUGUUGGGGGAAUCAACAUCAAAAUCUUAACCUAAGGUUAAGUUUUUGAAAUGUCAUCAUAAAUUAGAAAAUAUAUGGACCUAGUUCAUGAAACUUAUACAUAAGGUUAAUCAAGUAUCACUGAACAUCCUGCAUGAGUUUCACGACACAUGACCAAGGUCAAAGGUAAUUUAGGGUCAAUGAACUUUGGCCGAAUUGGGGGUAUCUGUUGAAUUACCAUCAUAACUUUGACAGUUUAUGGAUCUGAUUCAUGAAACUUGGACAUAAUAGUAAUCAAGUAUUACUUAACAUCCUGUGCAAGUUUCAGGUCACAUGAUCAAGGUCAAAGGUCAUUUAGGGUCAAUGAACUUUAGCCAAAUUGGGGUAUUUGUUGAAUUACAGCCAUAAAUUUGAAAGUGUGUUGGUCUAGUUCAUAAAACUUGGACAUAAGAGUAAUCAAGUAUCACUGAACAUCCUGUGCGAGUUUCAGGUCACAUGAUCAAGGUCAAAGGUCAUGUAAGGUCAAAGAACUUUGGCCACGUUGGGGGUAUUUUUUGAAUUGCCAUCAUAUCUCUAUACAUGUAAGUGUAUUGGUCUAAUUCAUAAAACGUGGAAAUACGAGUAACCAAGUAUCACUGAACAUCUUGUGCGAGUUAUAGUAGUUUUCAAAAUCAGCACUGCUGCUAUAUUGAAUCGCGUGAUGCAGGUGAGACGGCCAGAGGCAUUCCACUUGUUUUUUGUAGAGCCCAAAAUCAUCAUAGAAUUAUUUGCAAGUUUAAUGUUUGAUUUUUUUUUCCACAGCUCUCUCCAUUGUUAAGUGUGAAAAAUAUAUCUUUGUUGAAACUAUAGUGUUGGAUAAUAAUAAAUAACGAGGAAAGCUGAGAAAUUAUAUAUUUUAGGAUUAUGAGAAAAGGGGGACCUUCUUUCACCUUGAGAGAUUUCUGUACAUGUAUACAGAUAUUGUUUUCAGACGAUAAAGUGGUUGUCAUCAUCGCCAUAAAUCUAAUAAAAAAAAGGCUUUUGUUUAAAUGUCAAAAUUCUAUUAAUAUUAUUUUUAAGGUACAAUAUUUUAAAAGCCCACUGGUAGUAUGCAAACGAGUUUUGUGUUAUUUCCUUUUGUGUUUUUACAAAGAAUAAUAUAUUUUUAAGUACAUUUAUUUUGUCAAAGAACCUCAAUUCUAAUUUUUGUUUUAAAUAUUAUUUGAAGACUUGGGGGAAAACGAUUCAGAAAGAUUCAGAAUGGAGCCUAGGUUGUUAUUUCCUCUCACACACCCCGUAACCUAACCUAGCAUAUCGUGAAAUAGAAUGAUUAGCUUUGGUCAGCCAAUUCCUAGCUGAUAUUGCAACUUAGAGUUGCAAUUAAAUGCUGAUGCAUACAUGAUAUGCAAUGCGUAAUCUUAUUGAUCAAUAUGCAGCAAUGCGCGUCCUCUUAGUCUUAGCAUGAUCUGACCAAUACAGUGAUGUCUUUUAUACAGCACGCAACUCGGCAUUUAAGUGCAAUUCUAAGUCAUACUUAUUUGUGAAACACCCCCCGUUUAUUUAUAUUGUAUCAAAUACUGUGCCAUUCCAGGACCCUGUGUCACAAAAUCUGACAUCAAUCACCAGUUAGAUGCUCUUGUUUCAAGCUAUGUUAUUUCAUUCGAUUGGCCGAUACGAUAAAUGUCAGUGAUAGUCUUUUGAAAUGUGAUCCAACUUUGCCUGGAAUAUUCUUACUAAUAGGGUUAAUGUGUUAAUUAUGAACAAAGUUUUGAUUUUAUUGUUGUUUGCUGUUCGUGCUCUAGAAAUACUUAUGUGUAUAGUAUAAAUACAAUCAUGUGAUAAUGUAUUGCUCUCCAAAAAAUGAUAUUUUAUUAUGUCCUUGUAAAAAAUACACUAUUCUUAUAUCAACUAUUUAUUAUUAAGCAUAUAACAAAAUUGAUGUUAAUGUUUUGUUUUUUCUUAUUUUCUUAAGAACUGAUUUUUCUAUUUCACCUUGACUGCUGAUGUAAAUAUUAUUUGCAUUUUCCUGUGUGUGAAUGUCAUCUGUAUUAAAUGUAUCUAAAAUUCUAUUGUACAUUAAACUUGAUACCAUACAAUGC